AUGGCAUCAUCACCACUCUCACGCGGUCAAACGCCUCUGCCUGAAUCACAGACUCUCGACAAGCCUCGAAUAUUGUGUCUACAUGGCGGUGGUGUAACCGGCGAGGUCUUCCGACAACAAGCCCGAUCACUGAUCAGACAACUUCCAGCAUUUCGUCUCGUCUUCGCUGAUGGUCCAUUCUUUUGCAAUCCGGGUCCGGGCAUAGUACCGGUGUAUCAAGACUGUGGUCCCUUCAGGAGAUGGCUGCGAUGGCUCCCGGAACAUCCACCGAUCGACAAUGAUGCUGCGAUCGAAGAGGUCAUGUACAGUAUUGAGACGUGCAAGAGAGAGGACGCGGGAACAGGAUCAUGGGUGGGAUUGAUAGGUUUCAGUCAAGGCGCGAAGCUGUCGGCGAGUCUUUUGUACGACCAACAAAUUCGAAUAGAGAAGGAAGGCAAGGCGGACACGGACUACAAAUUUGCUGUGCUGCUGGCAGGAAGGAGUCCGCUGGUGUCAUUCUGUGAGCACAGCAGGAGUCCGGCCUGUGUCAAUCCAGGAGAGAUCAGCGAGGGCUUCCACUACGAGGGAGAAUCACCGCACAUCCUCAGGCUGCCAACGCUGCAUGUUCACGGCCUGAACGAUGAUGGUCUGCAUCUCCACAGGAAAAUGCUGAAGCAGUAUCACGAUCCGGAAACGGCGACUGUGAUCGAGUGGGACGGAACGCACAGAGUACCAAUCAAGAAGGCGGAUGUACAGCCGAUAUGUGACUGGAUCUACAAGAACGCUGAGGAAAAUGGCGUGGAUGUGCGAGAUGGUUGA